AUGUCACUGUCCAAAGCAUUGAAGAGGAAAGUUGACAGCGAGGGUAGGACGUACAAAGAAGAGUGGAAAGAGAAGUAUGCUUUCAUCCUACCCGAGUUUAUAAAUGCCAAGCCUGUGUGUCUCAUCUGCAACGAAGUUGUUGCAGUUUGCAAGGAAUACAACAUCCGACGGCACCACGACACAAAGCAUGGCACCUUCAAAGUGGCCUAUCCGCUCCAGACAGGGACAAGGAGGCACAAACUUGAAGCGCUGACAGCCAGUUAUGCGCACAGCAGCAAGAUCCUGGUACGAGGCCUCACAGCGCAACAAAAAGUGACAAGUGCAUCACUUAAAGCAGCAUGGGUGCUCGCCCGGCACAACAGACCAUUCACUGACGGAGAGAUUUUUAAAGAGGUAAUGGUGGCAGUUUUGGAGGAGCUGGCUACUGAUAAAUCAAUGGAUGGCGUGAUUGCCUCGGUGAAACAGGUGCCUCUCUCUGCGAGGUCCGCUACCUGGCGCAUAGACGCACUGUCGGAUGCUGUGCAUGGAGUUAUUCUCAGUGGUCUGAGUCAGGCCAAUUACUUUUCUGUGGCCAUUGAUGAGAGCACAGACAACACAGAUGUAAGCCAGAUGUGUGUCUAUGUGAGAUAUUUUGAUGGGAAGGAGUUCAGGGAGGAGUUGCUGUCUUUAAUUCCAUUAGAGGGGAACACCACCGGAGAAAUUAUAUUCACCAAACUGGAGGAAGUCUUCAGGCUGUAUUCAUUGUCCUUUGAGAAAAUCAACCUCAUCGUGACAGAUGGGGCACCGGCCAUGCUUGGAAAGCACAGAGAGGAUGCCAGUCACGAUGACCUGCUGCUCCACAACGACGUGCGCUGGUUGAGUAAAGGCAAAGCGCUGGAGCGCUUCUGUGCGCUACUGGAUGAGGUAAAGGCUUUCCUGAGAUUAAGCAAGAUGCGAGCUGCAGACGACCACCUUGCCUUUCUACAAGAUGAAAUGUCCAUGUCCAAUGUAGCAUUUUUAACAGAUAUUUUUGGCCAACCGAAACAGCUUAACCUGCAGCUACAGGGGAGAGGCAAAACCAUAGUGGACAUGGUUGAAAAGAUGGAAUCAUUCACCAGGAAACUGGAGUUGUUCCAGUCAGACCUAUUAACUGGCAGGCUCCUGCACUUCAGUACACUAACAUCACAGGUGCGGGGAGAAGUGACAGGACUGAUGGUGGAUUUCAUCAAACAGCUACGGGCCAACUUCAAGUCCAGGUUUGAGGACUACUCUAUCCCGAGGGACAUCGUCGCUUUUGUCCGUGACCCUCUCACUGUCCGAAGUGCGGAUUUCUCCUCCCUGGCUAAAGAAACCAUCCCAUUGUUGAAUGAGGCCGCAUUUCAAAUGGAGCUUAUUGAUUUUCAAACAACUUCCCUGGUCAGCGAUGCGCUCAAAAGUGCGCAAUCCGUGGAUGACUUUUGGAUGACAUGCUCAGAUGAGUACAGCUGGAUCAAAAAACUUGCAUUUUAUGUGCUGACGAUGUUUCCCUCCACCUACACAUGCGAGACGGCCUUUUCUUCUAUGAAAGCAAUUAAGACGCACAAGAGGAACCGCCUGACGCACAAAAAUCUGGAGAACUGCUUGCGGGUUAAAGUCACAUCCAUAUCUCCAGACAUCCAAAAGAUCGUGACUGAAGGGAGAUGCCAGUUUUCCCAUUAA